GAGGUGCACAAACUCAUCGAGGGCAAGGCCCCCAUCAUCUCGGGGGUGACGAAAGCCAUCUCCUCACCCACCGUGUCACGGCUCACGGACACCACCAAGUUCACGGGCUCCCACAAGGAGCGCUUCGACCCAUCAGGCAGGGGCAAGGGCCGGGCGGGCCGCGUGGACCUGGUGGAUGAGUCGGGCUACGUGCCGGGCUACAAGCACGCGGGCACCUACGACCAGAAGGUGCAGGGGGGCAAGUAGCUGGCGGGGCCUCCCCUCGCCUGGCCCCCUCACCACCCCCACUUCGUUACAUUCCUGUGCUCACCGGCAGAACUCAGACCUGGGG